GAACCGAAUUCAUCCCAGCUGCUGGCUUUCAUGCAUCUACUCAUCGCUGCCUAGUUAGGCACCUUGCUAGCUUUUGUUACAAAAAUGGAUAGAAAAAAUAAUGACUAAUUAUUUUGCUGAUAUCACAGCAAUACUUGAUAGAGGAUGUAGCCUGUUCACACGUUUUGAGUAUUUUUACUAUUAUUGUUACAUUUUUGUCGGGUCCAUUUCGUUAACUGGAAAGUGGAAAAGACAAAGAGAAAGGGCUUUCCAAUAGCUAUAAUGGUUUGGGCCUAAAAAGAAGACAAGAGCAACAUGAACCGUGAAGACCGGAAUGUGCUCCGUAUGAAAGAAAGAGAAAGGAGAAAUCAAGAAAUCCAGCAGGGAGGAGAGGCCUUUCCAGCUCACUCCCCUCUCUUUCCUGAACCUUAUAAAGUUUCCAGCAAAGAAGAUAAACUGUCCAGUCGUAUCCAGAGUAUGCUUGGAAACUACGACGAGAUGAAGGAACCUAUCGGAGACACAAUUCCAAAACUCGGUGGCAAACCCUCAGGCUCAUCCUCCGAGGAGAAGUCGGGCCAGUCUCUAUUUGGGGAGCAGCGAGGCAGUGGCCAGAACAGUAAAUGGACUCCAGUAGGCCCAGCGGCCAGCACCUCGUCCUCCCAGUCCUCCAAGAGAUCCAGCCUCCAGGGCAGCCACAGCGGUAGCAGGAGUAGCCAAAGACACGAGCGGGAACACAAGAAGUCUAGUAAGCAUGGCUCAGAACACUCAAAGUCCCACACGUCCAGCCCAGCCAAGGGCUCCCUGAGCUCCAGUCACUCCCGUUCACUGGGCGCUGAGCACCACGGCAAAGAGCGCUACCGCUCCAAGUCCCCGCGCGAGCGCGAGGCCAACUGGGACUCCCCAUCGCGUGUGCACACAUCCUUCCCCAGCGGCCCGCACUCCAGCCAGGCCUUCCCCCCUUCACUUAUGUCCAAGCCCAGCUCCAUGCUACAGAAGCCCACAGCCUAUGUGCGCCCCAUGGAUGGCCAGGAGACGGUGGAGCCCAAGACCUCGUCAGAGAUGUACAGCGGCCAGUCCCACAGCAGCACCAUGGGGGAGAUGAAGUCUAACGGCAAGGCCUCGCUCUCUAAGCUCAAGAUUCCCUCGCAGCCUGUUGAGGGUCCCAUGACUGGGGAUGCUAAUUGUGUUGAUGAGAUUUUAAAGGAAAUGACUCAGUCCUGGCCCCCUCCUUUGACAGCCAUCCACACCCCCUGUAAAACGGAGCCUUCAAAGUUUUCAUUCCCUUCCAAGGACACCCAGCAUGCAAGUUUUCCAGGCACACACAAGAGACAAACCAAAACGUUGAGCAGCCACCAGUCCAAGGCAGCACCAUGCGACGCGGAUCAGGCCAAUAAUGUUCUGCUGGAGGAUGACCUGAAGCUCAGCAGUGAUGAGGACAGUGAUGGAGAACAUGACUCGGCCAAAAACGCUUCCAGAAACGCAUCGGCAAGUAACAACAGUAAUAACAGCGAAGGAGCAGAGCACUCGCGGGACGACUCGAGCAGUCACAGUGGCUCAGAGAGCAGCUCUGGGUCAGACAGUGAGAGCGAGAGCAGUUCCACGGACAGCGAGGCCAAUGAGCCACCUCGCCCUGCAUCACCAGAGCCUGAACCAGCCACCGCCAAUAAAUGGCAGUUGGACAACUGGUUCAAGAAAGCUAAGCAGUUCUCUCCGGCUUCCCCAGUGGACAAUAAUGUACCCACCAAGUACAAAAAGGAGGGGCGGGACCAGAGCUCAGGCCGGGGAUACAGCGGGCAGGGAGGGUCUAAGGACUCAGGGGUGCCCACACCUAGCAGAGACCUAAGAGCAGCACAGAAGGGUUCCGAGAGCGGCCGUGGCCGGCAGAAAUCCCCGGCUCAGAGCGAGGGUGGCGCAGGCCAGCGCAGGACGGUGGGUAAAAAACAGCCCAAAAAGUCUGAGAAGCCCCCUGUGGUGGAGGAGCCUAAAGGGGGGCUAAGGGUGGAGAGUGAACCUGCUCCAGAGAUCCCUCCCCAUCGGCCCAAAGCCGCCACUAAAGGCUCCCGCAAACCCAACAUCAAGAAGGAGCCCAAGUCCUCACCCAGACCGGCUGUUGACAAGCGCAAGAGCAAGGCGCCCAUCAAGAAGUCCAGGAAGUUUGUGGACACGGACUCUUCCUCCUCAGAAUCAGAGGAGAACGACAGCAUUCCCUCGUUGUCGCAGACGCCCAAGUACACAGAGAGCAUCAGGACUCCAGUGUGUGUGUUCUCGCCUAUGGAAGAGAAAGAGCUGCUCUCUCCUCUCAGCGACCCAGACGACCGCUUCCCCGUCAGGCAGCAGCAGGGGCUCAUGGUGAAGAUUGACCUGACCCUGCUCUCCCGUGUCCCUGGACGGCCUUACAAAGACCUAGUAGAGCCCAAAGUAGAGAGGGACUGCUCCGUGGACAGAGACAGCAAGGACUUCCAGAAGCUACCCUCUGAGAGGAUCUCCAGUAAGGGCAAGAGGAAACACAAGAAUGAAGACGAGAACACCAAGUCUGAUAGCAAGAAGUCCAGACUUGAAGACAAAUCCUCAUCUCACCACAAGACCAGCAGCAAAGAGUCUAAGAGGGUCAUGGACGCCAAGGUGAAGGAGGAGCCGGUGCCCUCUCCCUCCAUAUCAGGGUCAGGAGGGCUGCAGAGGACGCCCAAGGCAGAGCAUCAGAGCCGCAAGCGGACGGUCAGCCAGUCAUCCACCUCCCUGUCCAGCGGGGCCAGCAGCGGCAAGGAGGGAGGCCACAGCACCAAGAGCAGCUCCACUUCCAAACACACAAAAGGCGGGGACAAGCAGGCCAAGAGCACCCGGGAGGGAAAGGAGAAAUCCUCAAAGGGCUCUGAUAACCAAGUUGCUGUGCCACCACUCUCCUCGGACGGCUCAAAGUCCCUGAGGUCAAAAUUGGUGUUUGAGGACAGGAUUCACUCUGCCGAUCACUACUUACAAGAGGCCAAGAAACUGAAACACAACGCAGAUGCUCUGAUGGACCGGUUUGAGAAGGCUGUGUACUACCUGGAUGCUGUGGUGUCCUUUAUCGAGUGUGGAAAUGCACUGGAGAAGAGUGCCCAGGAGGCUAAGUCCCCCUUCCCCAUGUAUGCCGAGACCGUGGAGCUCAUCAAGUACACUAUGAAGUUAAAGAGCUACAUGGCCCCAGACGCUACGUCAGCAGACAAACGGCUAGCUGUGUUGUGCUUGCGUUGCCAGUCCCUCCUCUACCUGCGACUGUUCAAGCUGAGAAAAGAGAGUGCACUGAAAUACUCUAAAACACUCACAGAGCAUCUGAAGAAUUCCUUGAGCAACACCCAAGCUCCCUCUCCUGGAAUGGGAAGUAAAGCGGCAGGCAUGCCCUCGCCAGUCUCUCCCAAGCUGUCCCCAGGUAGUGCUGGUAGCUACUCGUCAGGCACAUCCAGCGGCAGCUCCUCUGUAACAAUCCCCCAGCGCAUCCACCAGAUGGCUGCCAGCUACGUCCAGGUCACCUCCAACUUCCUGUUCGCCACUGAGGUGUGGGACCAAGCAGAGCAGCUGUCUAAAGAGCAGAAAGAGUUCUUUGCGGAGUUGGACAAGGUGAUGGGCCCUUUGAUCUUCAACACCAGCAGCAUGACUGAACUGGUGCGCUUCACGCGGCAGGGCCUACACUGGCUACGGCUGGACGCUAAGCUCAUUCCCUGAAGGACACUACACUCCACACACACACCGUCCACCCCACCGCAACGCACCGCUGCCCCUCCAUGCACAUGUGAACUUAUCUGCCUCAGACAUAUCUAUAACACUGUGUCCAUUUUCUACACCAGCUUGCCAAAAACACUGAGCGAUAUGGAGCAUCUUUGCACCUACGACUGUCCGACACGGAGGAGGAUUCCAACUGCCCAGAUCUAUUGGUACAUUCUAGCUAUAUCCACUAUCAGCGUUUUCCUUUGUCAUAUCUUUGGAUUGUGCAAAGGCUAGCCAUUUUUCUAUUUGGCCCAAUGCCUUUGUUGAAUUAUUGUAUAUGAAACACACUAAAUACAUUUUAUUCUAUAGGCUAUAAGCACAUUAUUCACAUUUGGCUUUUAAUGUGUUAUUAUUUUUACCAAAGUACCUCCCUCAAACCAAAGGUGCUUUAAAACUAAGGUCUGUCUCUUAUCUUUUUUGUGCCUUGUAUCAGAUAUACAGGGAACUAGAAUAUACCAUACGUUGAAAUGUAGAUCCAGCCAGAUAUUUUAAAUAAUAAUUUUAAGCUUCCAAACAUGAUUUUGGAAUAGUACUGGACUCAAGCUGUGAUCAGUGGGUUGAAGGCUGCACUGAUGGUGUGUAAAGUGACGAGAGCUUGGUUUGCCUGACAGAUAUCCCUAACACAUACACACAUUACUCUAACAGUUGCCAUUGAAGAAGAGGUAGCUUGCGGCUGACCAUAUUGGUGUUAGCCUGUGAUACACCAUUCAAUUGAUUUUGUUUAAGUUACUUUCAUCGUUCUGAAGCACCACAAUAUAUUUCUUAUCUGUCAAUGAGUUCUUCCUAUGAAUUGCCCUGCGAGAUGUUCAUUUCUAAACAAGGUGUUAUUGUUCCUUUUAUUCCUUAUAGAUCUGUACUGGAAAGGGUUGCUGUUAGUGUAUUUUUUUAAGGCACAGCAGGGUGUGGUUGUUAUGGCAAAUGUUAUCCUUGGAACACAGUGUAAUUAUUUGUAUAGUUUCUGCAAAAGUUGCCCAGUGAAAGCAGGAAGUUAGUGCAAGGAAUGACAAAUGCACUCUCAUUUUAAGACCACAAUUAACAAUUCCUCUAAUAAUUGAUGUAGCAUACACUUUGGUGGUGCUCAUUAGCCAUACACAGAUUACAUGAGUGUUAUAUUUCAGUCGAAAAAUACAUGGCCAAUAUAGAUUUUAUUUAUGUACCAAGCAGUUGCUCUGUUCAAAGUGCUGUUCAAACUUUCAGAUUAAAAUGAUUGAAAACGGGGUUGAAAGAGCUAUGAGAUGCAAAGUAUUUCUAUUGUAUAUGAAAAUUUAAUAUUUAAAUGUUUAAAGGUGAUUACUGGGUUCUCUACAUAGUAUAAUAGUAAUUUGUGUACUACAAAACUUAAGUAAUCUAUGGUCUAUAUAUUUAUGGUACAGGUUAUAUAAUAUAACAAAUUGCGCUAAUGUAGUGGUAAACUGGCCUAAUGUAGUGGUAAACUGGCCUAAUAUUUACUUGUUCUUCUGUUAUUUUGUAUUGUCAGCAAGGCAAAUGUGGACAUAAGUGAUUUUGAACAGGAAAAUGUACUUAAUUCAUAAGUGGUAUUGUAUUGUGAAGGACUUUUCUUAUUAGCCCACUUACAGAAUACAAAUGCUGGAAACACUAGUACCUUUUCCCCCU